AUGGGGAAGCCAUUUAAGAAAAAGACACUCAAAGGAAGAAAUGGUAGAAAGUCAAAAUCUCCUCCUAAAGUGCCGAUCGUGAUUCAGGACGACAGCCUUCCUGCGGGUCCUCCCCCUCAGAUCCGCAUCUUGAAGAGACCGACAACCAACGGUGUUCUCAGCAAUCCCAACUCCGCCAGCAGACCGGCCUUCCCCGUGAAAUCCUUGGCGCAAAGGGAGGCGGAGUACGCGGAAGCCAGGAAACGAAUAUUGGGCAGCGCGAGCCCCGAAGAAGAGCAGGAGAAACCCAUUCUAGAUAGGCCGCCGAGGAUCUCCCAGCCGGAAGACUCCAGACAGCCCAACAAUGUGAUUAGACAACCCCUGGGUCCCGAUGGCUCACAAGGCUUCAAACAACGCAGAUAA